AUGGAGUUCCAGGAGUGCUACUCACUGCUGGCCUCGCGCCCUGCACACGCCCACGAGCACUGUGAAGAGGAGAAGCAUGCAGAAGACAAGCCACAGGAUGUGGAUGCUCUCAAGGAAGACGCAACUGUCGACUCCAACGAGCCGGAGAAUCUGUCGCUGCUGAGCGUCCGAGAGCUGGCGCGGACCUUUCACAAGCUGCAGGAGAUGCGCGUCCAGAUUUAUGCCGAAUUCAGGCAGGGCUUUCUAGUACACCAGAAGACGGAACUCUUCCCUACAUUUUGCUCUGGGAUUACAGAGCGGUUUUCGGCGGUUAGCGAGCGGAUCAACCACGUGGAAAAGCUGCUGCGAGACAAGAAGCAGCCAGUGAUCGCAGACUUAAUCCGCAAGAUUCAGCUGGAAGAGAAGGAGAAGCUUCUACUGACGUCGGCUGUAUUGAUCGAGAAGAUGCGACUGAGCGACGCGAUCAAGCAGCCUGAACCUGAUGAGUCUAGUGUUGCCUUCCUAGAGAGAUCUGUAGAGACACUCAAUAGCAAGCACACCGACUGUGUAGGCCGCCUCAACGAGAUUUUAGAGGAUCUGGGUGCUGAAAGUGCCGAUCUAGAAGACUAACUCAAAAGAGAAUCCUCUCAUUACGCCUAAA